AUGCCCAAGUUCACCGACAGCUCUAAACAGCUCGCCUCCUCCGCGGCUAAGGAAGUUCCGAACAAGCGCGGAGACCAUCGCACCAGGAUCAUUGCUCGUCUUCGCGAUCAAGAAAUUCAUGUUCCGGAUGUGCAUUACAUAUACACGGACUGGGCAGCUAAAGUGCACCCGGAUGUUCUGGUGCUGAGACAGCAUCUAGAGGGAUACUUCCAAACGUUCAUCAGUACCGAGAGUCAAAGGAAGAAGCAACGUAGGGUAGACAACGGACUCUGCGCGGGAUACUUUUGGACACAUGUGGAACCAGAUAAGUUUGUUAUUCUAGGAGAGCUUGUGGCCUGGUUCUUUUUCUGGGAUGACGAGAUCGAUUGCGGUACUCUGACAGAUGAUCGUGACAAGGCCGAAGCUUAUUGUGACGAUACAAUUAAUUUCAUCCGACAUUGCUUGCAGCCAGAACUCUCUGGCGAAGUUCCGGCACCGGGGCGGUUGCACAACUGCGGUCCAUGGGUCAACAUAGGAAGAGCAAUGCAGAAAGGCCAGUCGAGAGAAGCACGUGACCGGUUUGCUGAAACCAUCUACGACUUUAUCCGCGGCGUCAAGACAUCUCAGGCUACAUGGGCGCAAGGGAUGUCUACUCUCGAGGAAUAUACAGCGCGCCGUUUGAGAACUGUUGGUACAAACCCGUGCAUUGCUGUCAUGCAAUGGGCCUACAACCUCACUCUUCCACCGUCAAUCUGGAACCACGAAGCUGUAGUAGCCAUAACUCGCGAAGUAGCCAUCUCCGACUUCCUCUGGAACGACAUUGUGAGCUUGCGGAAGGAAAUAGACGACGGCGAUAUCGACUCUGCCAUCCCGGUGAUGGUAUGGAACGAGGGAUGUAGUGCGCAGGCUGCCGUUGAUCGAUGUGUGAAGAUGGUGGAGGAGAGCUGGGCGAGGCUGUUGGAGGCAGAGACCCGACUUGUGAAGGCGCAUGCUCAAGAGUCUGAGCAAACCAGGCGCGAUAUCGAGACGUUGGUUGGCGGGUGUAAGGACGUAUUGGUUGGACAUAUGGUUUACUCGUGA